CUGACCCAUCACCAUGGCCAUGCGAUUAAACGUCGCUCAAAAGACAAUGGUCCCAUGCCCUUUACCCACACAGUGGCGGUAGCAACAACAGCAGCAGCAGAAGCAGAUAGCAUUGCCCAUAUCCUUUCCCGACACGUAUCCCUUUAUGGACGCACAGCAGUUGCAGCGGUACUACAUCGCCCAGAUGCAACAGCCGCAGCCCCAAUUGGGGGCCAAUAUGUUCGUACAGCCGUGGUACAUCUGCCAGCAGCAGCAGUGCCAGAGCUACGGCUACUGCUAUGGGAUGCAGAUGCAGAUGCCACCAAAUGGCGUUGUGCCUCAGACCUAUAGUGGCCCACCAACAACAGCCUCCCUACAGUCCGCAGGAACGCUGGCCAACAGCACAGGGAAUCGCAGUGCCACUGGACAGACACGAUCCGUUCCCAAAGCUCAAAUCCAAACACCAGAAAGCCAUAGCCGCAGCCCUGCAGGAGGCAGGACCUACAACCAGUGCAACAUGCCGCUUCCAGAGACCGCCUGCGGCUGCUGUGGCAGCCUGAACAGCUACGAGACGGACGGCAGUGCAAAGUUUGGGGCAAGCAGCAUAAACCCCGCUUCCAAUCCCAAAAUCCAUGAAGAGGCGAAGAGAACAGCAGCAGCAGCCAAAACAGUUGAUAAAGGAUCCACAAAGGGAUUCACUGAAGGAUUUCCCUAACCAUCCUCAUAGAGAAGAUCUAUCCAGCCAUUCCAAAAGAGAAGAAGAGAUUGAUACAAAUAAUCAUUCCAGAAACGAUUCUAAGAAGGAGCAAAGGACAGAUCUAGACAAGCAGCAAAAGCCCUCCAAGAAUCAGCACAAAAAGGGCCUCAAACCGAAGAAGCUCAGGGCGGACAUCGACAGCGCUUUGGGCAGUGGUGGCAGCAGUUUCAUCAAGCGCCUGUGCGAAAGUAUGCUACACACCACGAAGCGAAAACAACCCAGCCACAUGCGGAGUCAACACCAAACAUCACCCCAGGCUCCUCGAUCGUCAGUUCAGGGUCCUUGCGGCAGCCACCUGAAAAGCCGAGUUUCUUUAAGCGUCUCUUUGGGGAGUUGCGCGACAACGAGGUGUCUUUCUAUGCGCAAUCCAAUCACCAAUCAAGGUGUAACAUACACUAUCCCACGAGCCGGUCUUCCGAUUGUGUGGAGGAGACAGAGGCCUUCCAGAAGCUGAGAAGAAAGCAACAGAUAGCAGCCGAGGGCCCCUAUAAAAAGGCAACACAGUAGCAACGAUGGAUUCAAUAGAUUUCAAACCUAUUCCAAAUUUCAGGCAAUAAACUUAAGCAAAGGGCAGAAAGC